UCGCCGCGCACGACCGCCUGCACAACCCCGGGAGCGUGUCCGCCGCGCACACUGAACUCGAAAAUCGUCGGGAGGAUUGCUUUAUAUACGGCCUUUACGCAAUCGAGAAAAUUGCGCGCGCGAUAGCGGAGACAGGUGAACGAAAAUUAAGGAAUUUGUGCAGUGAAUAAUGAUGCCAUUCUGAAAGAAAAUGGACUUCUGAGGACCUUGAUAUUUGCACGUGGCGUGCCGAGUCGUCCAUAUUUUCGUUUCGCCUGUAGAUUUUUAUUUGGUGAGUAAAGCUCGGGGAUGGAGAACCAACAGGUGUGGGUCCGUGACCCUCAGGAGGGUUUCAUAAUCGGGAAAUUCGCGGACAUGGUGGACGGGGACGCUCUGAUCGUGCCCAUCGACCCGAAGUACCCGCAACGCACCUGUCCGCUGGACGAAGUGUAUCCUGCCGGCGAAUACACCAAAGAUGUCGAGGACAAUUGCGCCCUGAUGUACCUGAACGAGGCCACGCUGCUGAACAAUAUUCGCACUCGUUACUUCAAGGACAGGAUAUACACUUACGUCGCCAACAUUCUGAUAGCGGUGAAUCCGUAUUACGAGGUGAAGGAUCUCUAUUCGCAGCAGACAAUCAAGACCUAUCAGGGAAAGUCCUUGGGUGAAAAGCCACCGCACGUCUUCGCCAUCGGCGACAAAGCGUUCAGAGAUAUGAAAGUGCUGAAACAAUCUCAGAGCAUUAUCGUAUCCGGCGAAUCGGGAGCGGGCAAGACCGAGUCGACCAAGUAUCUCCUGCGGUAUCUCUGCGAUCUCUGGGGCUCGACGGCCGGUCCGAUCGAACAGAGGAUUCUCGAUGCGACUCCGGUGCUGGAAGCGUUCGGCAACGCGAAGACGAAGCGCAACAACAACAGCUCACGCUUCGGCAAGUUCAUGGAGGUGCACUUCGACGCCAAGUGCCAGGUGGUCGGCGGAUACAUCUCCCACUACUUGCUGGAGAAGUCCAGGGUAUGCUUGCAGAGCCCGGACGAGCGGAAUUAUCAUGUGUUCUACAUGAUGUGCGCUGGCGCGCCGGCCGAUCUGCGCGCGAAGUUGGGGAUCACCAAGCCGGACGACUUUCAUUACCUGAGAAACGGCUGCACUCAGUACUUCUGCAACGUGAGGUCGGAGAAACGAUUGAACGAGGCGCAGAAGAGCCGCGAACAGAUACAGAAGCGCAGCUUGCAUGAUCCCAUCUUGGACGAUGUCGAAGGGUUCAAUGCUAUCGAUCAGGCAUUUACUCGACUCGGUUUAACGGAUGCCGAACGCAUGGAGAUCUACACGAUGGUGGCCGCGGUGCUUCAUCUCGGCAACAUCACGUUCGAGGACAAUCCGGAGGAUACGAAGGGCGGUUGUAGGAUAACUGCCGACUCAGGAAAAGCGGUGACGAUAACCGCGAAAUUACUAGGGGUGGAUCCCGAAGAGCUGCGACAAGCCCUGGUCUCGAAAGUGAUGCAAACCAGCCGGGGUGGCAUCAAAGGAACAGUCAUCAUGGUGCCCCUGAAGGUUUACGAAGCUCAUAACGCUAGGGACGCUCUCGGCAAGGCUAUUUAUAGCAAAUUGUUCGAUCACAUUGUCGCGCGGAUUAACAAGAGCAUACCUUUCAAGGCUUCGAGUUACUACAUCGGCGUGCUGGACAUCGCUGGAUUCGAAUACUUCAAAGUCAAUAGCUUCGAGCAGUUUUGCAUAAACUACUGCAACGAGAAACUUCAGCAGUUCUUCAACGAGCGAAUUCUAAAGUACGAGCAGGAGCUUUACGCCCGAGAGUCUUUGAACGUCCCGAAAAUCUCAUACGUCGAUAAUCAGGAUUGUAUCGAUUUAAUCGAAUCGAAGAAUACGGGUAUCUUCUUCCUGCUGGACGAAGAAUCGAAACUGCCGACUCACAGUUUCGCGCAUUUCACCAAUGAGGUUCACCGCGCGUGGAGCGGUCACUUCCGCAUCACUUUACCGCGAACGUCACGAUUGAAGGCUCAUCGAGAAUUACGAGACGACGAGGGCUUCGUGAUUCGCCAUUACGCCGGCGGCGUCUGCUAUCAAACGAAUCAAUUUAUUGAGAAGAACAACGAUGCGCUGCACGCCUCUCUGGAAGCGCUCAUUCAGGAAAGCGGCAAUAAAUUCCUCAGGACGCAGUUCGCCAAUCAUUCGUUGCAAAAGGGAAAGCUUACCUUCAUCAGUGUCGGCAGUAAAUUCAAGACGCAGCUCGGCGAACUCAUGGACAAGUUAAAGAGCAACGGAACGAAUUUCAUAAGAUGUAUCAAGCCGAACAGCGACAUGGUGGCGCAUCAGUUCGACGGCAACAGCAUUUUGAAUCAGCUACACUGCUCGGGAAUGACGUCGGUGUUGGAGCUGAUGGAGCACGGAUAUCCGAGUCGGGUGCCCUUCCAGGAGCUUUACAGCAUGUACAAGUCCUACCUGCCGCCGGAGCUCGCCAAGCUCGAUCCCAGAUUCUUCUGCGAGGCGCUGCUGCACAGUCUAAAGCUGAACCAGAAGGACUUCAAGUUUGGCAUCACGCGCGUCUUCUUCAAGCCGGGCAAGUUCGCGGAAUUCGAUCGGAUCAUGAGGUCCGAUCCGGAGAAUCUGCGCAAGCUGGUCGCUAACGUGAAGAAGUGGCUGCUCAAGUCGCGCUGGAACAAGUUGCAGUUCUGCGCGCUGUCGGUGAUCAAACUGAAGAACAAGAUCAUCUACCGGCGGCAGCAUCUGAUCGUGCUGCAGAAAACGGCGAGGAUGUACAUCGCGAAGAAGCAGCACCGGCCGCGCAUUCGCGGUAUCAUGAAGAUCAGGAAUCUGCGGAAGCAGUUGACGCGAAUGGAGGAGACGGCGAGUCAGUUGAAGAAUCGGGAGCGAUCGACGCAGGAUAUGAAGAGGCUCGACGACGAUCUAGAGGCGGCUAUACGUAAAAUCAGAAACAACCAGAGGAUCGCGCCGACGGAGAUCGACGGCCUCUACACGUCUCUGGUGAAUCAGGUGAACAAACAAAUGGCUGCUCUUCAAGAUAUGGUGAAGCAGCAGAAGGUCGCCGAGGAACAGGCAAGAUUAAGAAAGAUUCAGCAGGAGCUCGAGCUGGAGAAGAAUCGAAAGGAAGAGGAGGAACGGAAAAAGAGGGAAGAGGAGGAGAACAGGAGGAAAAAGCUCGAUAUGGAAGCCAGAAGGAAGAUCGAGGAGAAGCAGAGGAGGAAACAGGAGGAGGAGGAUCAGAAGACCGCGGCUGCUCUCCAGGCCCAAUUAGAGAAAGAAGCUGUGGAAGAGAGUCGGUAUCGAGAGUUACUGGAGCAAGAAAGAAGAGACCACGAGUUGGCGGUCAGACUUGCUCAAGAAUCGAACGGACAAGUCGAAGAUUCUCCGCCGCCUAUACGAAGUGGCUCCGAUGUACGAACGCCUAUGAACAACAACAGGCUAAUAAGAUCGGAGCAGGUGCGCAAUCAGCAGGCGGCUAUGAGCAACAAGAAGUACGACCUGUCCAAGUGGAAGUACUCGGAGCUGCGAGACGCAAUCAAUACGUCCUGCGAUAUCGAAUUGCUUGAAGCCUGCCGUCACGAGUUUCAUCGCAGGCUGAAAGUUUAUCAUGCCUGGAAGGCGAGAAACCGCAGAAGAACUAUCAUGGACGAGAACGAGAGAGCGCCGAAGUCCAUCAUGGAAGAAGCUGCGAAAACACCGAGGACGCCGUUGAAGCAACAGAUAGUCGAGUCGUCCCAGAGAUAUUUCCGAAUCCCCUUCGUCCGUUCUUCCGCGGCCGGGCAGCAGGACAAUACCCACGGCGCCGGCAAGAGGGGAUGGUGGUACGCGCACUUUGACGGGCAAUACGUGGCACGUCAAAUGGAGCUGCAUCCCGACAAACCGCCUAUACUCCUUGUGGCAGGCAUUGACGAUAUGCAGAUGUGCGAGUUAAGCCUGGACGAGACCGGAUUAACGAGGAAACGCGGUGCCGAGGUUCUAGAACACGAAUUCAAUCGCGAGUGGGAAAAGUACGGCGGUAAACCGUACGUGGCGUCGUGCGAUCGCAAGAAGUGAAGAAUUCGUGAUGCAUGCGGUCGUGGGAGGAUUGUACUUUUGCGUCACGUCACGCAAGAAAAAAAAAGAAAGAAAAAAACGCCGCAUAAAUCAGCGCGGAAAUUUGCGAUGAUCCUUACGUAUUUUACGUAGUCCGGUGAAUGCAUCGGCGAUUCUGUGCCUUGCGAGACGUGCCUUGCGCAUUACGGCACGGACGAUACAUUUGUAUCAUAAAUUGCAUAUUACGUCAUAGUUACGUAAGUCGAAGAAUUUUUUCGUCGGUACACUAUCGAAUAUUGAAAGUCCUUAUUUUUAGACUCCUAUUCUAGCGAUUGUCGACCGAUCAGUAUUCCGCGUUUCGUAAAAAAAAAAAUAUAUAUAUUAAAGAAUCAGAGAUCAUCUGAAAUUCUACAAAACGUAUGCGCGAAAAACGAUAUCUCAAUUUACUCUUUCACGAUCAAGAUUUUGCAAUUCUAACGUAGUUAUUUAAGGGGUAACACAAUUUACAUUUUACUUUAAUUCGAGGUCAUGUCACUAAAAAUGCAUAUUUUUUAAAACGGCUAUGUAUUCUACUAGCUUUUGGGCUAAAAAAACUAAUUUUUUUUGUUUCAUUGUUCUAUGUCAAGUCUACGAUGAGCUAUCGUGCCCACCGCUUGACCCCCUUUUUUCGAAGCGCUCCCGUCCAUCAUGUCAAGCCGUCAUUUUUUAAUAUAUCAACUAAAAAAAAAAUACAAUUUUUACUUUAAUAUAUGUAUAAUAAAUUAGUGUAAAUGGAUUUUUAUAAACAUUUCGCAUUAAAAUAAAAUUUUCGAAAAAGCCGUAAAUUUCAGGGCGUCAAAGUGAUGUUACCCCUUAAAUGAGAGCAAAAGAAAAUAAGAUAUAAUCGAGGUUCCUUACGCGUUGUUAGCCUACAUUUGCAAGCUAUAAAAGUAAUCUUGAUACUCUGCAAGAGUUUACGCUGGUAAUGAUGAUAUUUAAUAAUAAAAUAAGUUAUUCAGAAUAGGAAUAAUAAAGAAUGUAGAACAGACAUGAACAAUUUAUACUGUUACUGUGCGCGAAUAAAUUAAUAAAUAAUGAUUGUGAACGCAGUGAUAAUAAUGUCGAGUUAAAUUUCGCAAAGAUUUUUAUGCUGAGCAAUAGUUGUAAAGCGAUAGUGAUCUCAUCCGGGUGAUCUAUUAGAAUCCACAUGUGGUUGCUACGCAUAUAUGAAUAAUUAUACAAUGCGAUGAUAUUAAUAUAAAUAUUUAUAUUUACAUAUUAAUAAACCUUCAGCAACAAAGGAAUGUAUACAUUUUAUUUGAAAAUAUCGUAUUUUCAGAUCUAUGUGGAAAUAUUCUAUAAUAAGAGUGAUUACUAAAAGAGAUCGUUAUGAUUA